UACUUUGUCUCCCAUAAAAAACGCCUUCCAAAAUUAUUGCUAAUGAAGGCAGUUCUCUGGUAAUAAGUGUUGACAACCCUGUUAAAAAAGUCAAGUACGCAUGCUUAUGGUUGACAAAUGACAGCUGACAUCUGACAUGCAAAUUCGGAAUGGACCGAUAAAUGUGCUUUUCUAUUCCCUGUGAUUUCUUUACAAGUUUUGCCUGUGUCGAGAAAAGUACUUAGGGUACUUUCGUGACAGUGAUCGGGAUUUGUGUAUUUUCGGUCGAUUGCAGAAUAUCUACCAAAAUAGCGCCACCGACGCCGACCAAACGUGUGAAGAUGACGGAGUCCAGUAGCAGUGUUGUGAACGGGAGUAACUAUGAGACAUUACAUCAAGGACGUCUCAACAUGUACAAAUCCAAGGUUGGAGUUGUGCUAGGCGCUCAAUGGGGCGAUGAAGGCAAGGGCAAAGUUGUCGAUAUGCUAGCGCUGGAAGUGGACAUUGUUUGCAGGUGUCAGGGCGGAAAUAAUGCUGGACACACUGUUGUAGCUAAUGGCACUGAAUUUGAUUUCCACUUGCUGCCUAGUGGAAUUGUAAAUGAGAAGUGUAUAUCUGUGAUUGGCAAUGGUGUUGUCAUCCACUUACCAUCACUGUUCGAAGAAUUAUCUAAAAAUGAGGCAAAGGGUUUGCAAAAGCUCGAACAUCGCUUGAUUAUUUCUGAUCGCGCACAUUUGGUUUUUGACUUCCAUCAAUUGGUGGAUGGUAUGCAGGAGGCCGAAAAGGGUGGCAAAUCGCUCGGUACCACCAAGAAAGGAAUUGGUCCGGCUUAUUCCAGCAAAGCUACACGUAAUGGCAUUCGCGUAGGGGAAUUGUUGGGUGAUUUCAAUCUCUUCACUGAUAAGUUUAAAUCUAUUGUUGCAACACAUUUGCGUCUUUUCCCUUCUAUUAAUAUCGAUGUUGAAGCUGAGUUGUCGCGAUACAAGGAAUAUGCGGAAAAGAUUCGGCCCUAUGUAAAAGACACCAUUUGUUUCCUUCACACUGCAUUGCGCCAAGGCAAGAAGAUACUGGUAGAGGGUGCCAAUGCCGCUAUGUUGGAUAUUGAUUUUGGCACUUAUCCAUACGUAACGAGCAGCAAUUGCAGUAUAGGUGGCGUACUUACUGGUCUGGGUCUACCACCUCAGACUAUUGGUGAUGUUAUUGGAGUCGUUAAAGCCUAUACCACACGUGUAGGCGAUGGUCCGUUCCCCACCGAACAAAUUAAUGAAAUUGGUGAGCUGCUGCAGACUAAGGGUGGCGAAAUUGGUGUUACAACGAAGCGAAAACGUCGCUGUGGUUGGUUAGAUAUUCCGUUACUUAAAUAUACCUCACUUGUAAACGGUUAUACAAGCAUUUGUUUGACGAAACUUGAUAUACUUGAUACUUUACCAGAGAUCAAGGUGGCUGUUGCUUACAAACGCGCUAAUGGGGAAACUUUGGAUCAUUUCCCUGGCACAAUUGCCGAAUUGGGCGAAAUUGUUGUUGAAUACGCAACACUGCCCGGUUGGCAACAGAGCACUGAAAAUAUACGCAACUUUAAGGAGUUGCCUGAAAAUGCACAAAAGUAUGUACGUUUCUUAGAAAGUGAGCUGAGUGUACCAGUACAAUGGGUUGGAGUUGGCAAAGGUCGUGAGUCUAUAAUUAACAUCCAUUAAUUUUAACACGAAACUUGUGUUUUUGCAUAAUUGGCUUUGUCAACUGCACAGAAACUUCAAUUG